CAGGAGCGCCGUGCCCUCCUGGUUGCUCCUAACUCUCUGGACUAUGUUGUCAUCGUGAUGGCUCUGGCACGAUUAGGCGUUAACGUCAUUCUACUGAAGUAUGGUACCACUUCGCAGGAGAUUGAUGAAACCAUGAAAAAAUAUCGCUGCAACGCGUUGAUCUAUCAACUAAGCGCUGGCCAAGAAGACCCGUAUCAAUUGCGUCAGGAUUCAACAGACCCUGCGUCAUACGAGCAGCACGUGAUCUUCAUCACCCUAGGUGACGUCACAAGCAGCAGCCACGAAGUGCACCGCUACUGUGACCUCGCGCGCUGUGAGGUGAGUGAGGAGGAGAAGGCAAGGGUACUGGCGCUCCAGACCAAGAUUCAGAUGGAAGAUGCUCUGCUGGCAUUCAUGACGUCAGGGAGCACGGGGAAUCCUAAAGCGGUCCAGGUCAAUCACUUCCAGUUUGUACAGGCAACUCUAACAGCGUAUGCUGCUCACAGACUGACAGACAGUAGUAGAUUAUUCAACAAUCGCCCAUUUUCUUGGGUGGGCGCUAUGGGAAUGGCCAUCAAUGUUGCAGCAGUUUGUGGCGUCACCCACAUCAGUAUUGACUCCAGGGCGUCAGCGAAAGACUCUGAAGUCGACGCAGUGAUAAAUGUGAUAGCGGAAGAGAAAUGUACGCAUGCGUACCUGUCGCCGUACAUUUUGUACGAUUUAGUGACGUCUACCGGUGACGUCACACGGCAAGAUCUGCGUGCUCUGCGGUACGUACUGAGUGGCGGAGAGCCUCUUCCAGAAUCUCUCCCCGCUAGAAUGUUCACUAAGAUCCCACAUGUGACCUUUGUUCAGCUAUACGGGUCCACGGAGAGUAUGGUAGUCCUUUCCCAAGCUAGCUCACCACAGGACUUGCACGACGGGCUGUUCGGGUGUAUGUUCGGCUGUCCUCAUGUAGAAGUCAAGGUGUCAGCCGAGGACGGGAGUCUGGUGCCGAUAGGAGAGGUUGGAGAAGUCUGUGUUAGAGGUCCUAUGGUGUUCCUGGGGUAUCUGAAUGAACCAAGCAAAACGGCGCUGGCGAUCACUCCCAGCCGGUGGUACUUAACUGGGGACCUGGGUGUUAUGGGCGCUGGAGGCCGCGUUCGAAUUGUGGGUCGGGAUUCAGAGAAGAUGUUCAUUAAGCACGCUACAGUUAAAGUCUUCCCGGCAGAGAUAGAACUCACCCUUUCUCGUAAUCCUGCUAUUCAGCAAGUCUGCGUCGUUGGAAUUCGCGAUGAGCGUCUGUUUGAAGAGAUUUGUGCAUGUGUUGUCCGCGCCGGUGAAGAUAGCGCCAAGGCAGCAUCCGAAGAGGAUUUUCUAAGUGCAUUGCGUUCUUGGUGCUCAGAAAGAUUCCCGCCGGGACCAGACGGCUUUUCUUUGGCCCCAAAGUAUUUCCUGGUCGUUGGUGAAAUCCCAAAAUUGAGCACAGGAAAGAUUGACCGUGCGGCCGUCAAGAGACAGGCAACAUCGGUAUUCAACCCGUAG